AUCAUGGACAGACCGAUGAUAUCCAACAUUCUACUCUCUUAAUAUACUGCUCGGCCCAACACCGCGAUACGGGCACCUUAGUGCGGGCUCUGAAAUAGCGCACUUGGUCGAAAGAUCCGACGUGCCACUGUUGGUCCCCCAGCAAUUCUGCGAAGCGCGUCAAUUGUUCGUUGAGGUCGCAGACACGCGCUGCCGGCAGCCCACUCCCACCUCCAUUCCCGCACUCCCUGUCUGCUCGACGGCCGACCCGAAACCAAUCCCGAUUCGACCUUUGCCGCUGUAUCGGGAUAUCUGUUCUGCGACGCAAUUGACCAUCGUCGCGCGCACCAUGGCGCCUCGCAGGAGCUCCGCCGCCGAGGCGGAGGAGCAGGAGCCAGAGGAGGGAACCGUCAAGCUGCAGUUCAACGAGCCCCUGACAUGGCGCCCUGGAAAGCCGAUCCCGAUCGAUACACUUCUCAAAAGGCUCGAUCGUCUGACCGGGGAACUGGCCGAGAUGGACCAGGAAGCCACCGAUGCGGGUUCGCUCGUCAAGGUCGCCAAAGACGUUGCGUCGAACCAGCUACUCAACCACAAAGAUAAGGGAGUGCGCGCCUACACAGCUUGCUGCGUAGUGGAUAUCCUCAGGCUCUGCGCUCCCGAUGCGCCCUUCACCCCGUCCCAAUUGAAGGACUUCUUCAACCUCACCGUCACCUCCAUCAUACCGUCCCUUUUUGAUCCCUCGAAUUCUUACAACAACCAGCACAAAUAUGCCCUGCGCUCUUUGGCCGAGAUUAAGAGCAUUGUCCUGCUGCUCGAUGUCGACGGGAGCGAAAGCCUCCUGCUCCACCUCUUCUCUACCAUCUUCGACGGUGUCUCGGGGUCAAAGUCGGCUUCAGGGGAACAAGUCGCCAAGGAUGUCGAAUAUAGCAUGCAGGAGUUGCUGAGCGUACUCGUUGAGGACGCUACUAGCCUGCCCGCAAAGGUUGUGGACGUCAUGAUGGCCCAGUUUCUGCGAGCCGCGGCGCCCGGGAGUGGCAGGGAGAAGCACAACCACGCACCGAUUGACGACAAGCAGGCGACGCUUCUGGCCAAGGAGGAACCCGAGGCCUACCAGAUCGUGAAGCACCUGUGCCAGGUGUUCCCCGAUAAGAUGGCCCGCUUCGUCAGUCAAUACUUCAGUGACGUUAUUGUCGACGCGACGAACUUUGCCGGAACCUCCGGCCACAGGGACGGCGACGCCGAGGAUGACGAAGGCCCUUCCGGCCCGACCGAGUCGGAUCUGAGAGAGUUGCGGAAAGCGCACACGCUCAUCCGGGAGAUCUGGAAGGCCGCGCCCCAAAUUCUUCAGAACGUUGUCCCCCAAGUCGAUGCCGAGCUUUCUGCCGACAAUGUCCAUCUGCGCCAACUUGCGACGGAGACGCUAGGUGACAUGAUCUCGGGAAUCGGAGCGGCCGGCCCACCCCCUCCUCCGACACUGGACCCAGCCGCUUAUCCACCGCUAAGGUUGGAUGAUGAAGACAAGACCGAGGCGCCGGCAGCCAACAUCUUGACCACGCCGCUCUCGGCACUCUCCUUCUCUCAAACACACCACACGACCUUCCACAACUUUCUCAGCAGGAGGAAUGAUAAGGCAGCCGCUAUUCGCGCUGCUUGGACAACGGCGGUCGGCUACAUCCUCUCGACAUCGGCCGGCGGUAUCGGGCUCGGGCGUGAAGACGAGACCGCACUGAUUCAGGGCAUUGGCGAGAAGCUCUCGGAUAGCGACGAGAAGGUCAGACUGGCGGCCGUCAAAGCCGUCGAAUGCUUCAGCUUUCGGGACGUAAUCCUCAAGCUCGGGCCCAGUGGAGGCGUCGGCAAGGAGGGAUCAGUCUUAUCCACUCUGGCCGAUCGCUGCCGCGACAAAAAGCCAGCGGUGAGAGUGGCCGCCAUGUCACUGUUGGGAAAGCUCUGGGGCGUUGCCACCGGGGAGCUGCUCGCCGGCCACGAAGCAGUCACAGCUGCUCUCGGAGCUGUCCCCAGCCGCAUAUACAACUCGUUCUACGCUAACGACCUUGAGCUCAACGUCUUGUUGGAUCGUGUCAUUUACGAAUGUCUCGUACCCCUUGCUUAUCCGCCAUUACCGAAGAAGGCCUCAAAAAGCGCUGCCUCCAAUGGGAGCUCUCAAGCCGCCGGAGCAGCAAAUUUCGACCCAGAUGCGAUACGAGCGGAGAGGAUACUCCUCCUUGUCCGCUCUCUCGAUGCUACGGGGAAAAAGGCCUUCUUUGCCAUGCAAGCCAGGCGGCCCCAGUUCGCACACGUACUUGAGACCUACAUUAAGCAGUGUGACCAGUUCAACGGAGGCGUCACGGACGACGAUGGCCCCAAAAAGCUUGCUAACCUCACCAAAACAACGCGAUACAUCUCACAAUUUUUCCCCGACGGAACCAAGUCAGAGCAGGAGCUCUAUCGGUUCGCCAAGCUCAACGACCGCCGCAGUUACAACCUGAUCAAAUUCGUCAUUGGCCAGGAACAUGAUUUUAAGACGGUCCACAAGGCACUCAAGGAGCUGAUGAAGCGCAUUCAGACCAGCAAGGACCCUGCGAUCCGCGAUACAUUGUUACCUCUUCUCUACCGGUCCGGCUGUCUAAUGUUCAACCGCAGCCACCUCGCUACCAUCAUGGAAUACUCCAGGUCAGACAAGGACAACAUGGGGGCCGCGGCCCACGAGAUACUGAACGAGAUAUCGCAGCGGAAUCCGGACCUGUUCAAGACACACAUUGGGCAGCUUUGCAAGGACCUUGUGGAUCAGGCUCCGACACAGACCCGCGAGAACGACCCGGCAAUUGUGGAGACGUUGAAGGCCUGCUCGACCUACGCCCAAAAGUACCCCAAGGACGUACCGGCGGAUAAGGAGUUUGUGCGGACCAUGAUCAACUACGCACUCUACGGCCAACCCGCCCGGGCUGCCAAGUAUGCGGUGAACAUCAUGCUCGCCAAGAAGGACGAGAAGAGCCUGGUCAGCGCAACCGACCUCCUGCAGCGGACACUAAAAGACUGGUCGUACGGCGCCAAGCACUUCCUCAACAGGCUGGCCACAGUGAGCCAACUGGAACUUCUCGCGCCAAAAGUCACGCUUGAGGACGAGGAGAAGAUAUUGAGCAUGGCAGUCCAAGAGGUUCUGCUUGAGGUCCGGACAGAGGCAAGCAGCAAGGAUCCGGAUUGGGUUGACGACGCCGACCUGGAUGAGGAGUGUCAAGCCAAAUGCUUGGCCCUCAAGACCCUCGCUAACCGAUUGAGGAGCACCGAGGACGUUGACGAGGCCAAAGAGAAAGCGAAGCCGGUCUGGAAACUGUUCAUGAAGCUUGUACGAUCCAAGGGAGAGCUCUCGAAAACGAAGAAAACGCCAAAGCACCACCGGGCACGGCUAAGGCUGCUUGCGGCACAGCUGCUCCUGAAGCUGUGCACACAGAAGCAUUUUGACGAGAUGCUCUCUGCCGAUGACUUCAACGCCGUCUCGCUCACAACCCAGGAUGCCAUUCAAGAGGUCCGCCAUGGAUUUAUCAAGAAGCUGCAGAAGUACCUGGCGGAUAACAAGCUGCGAUCCCGGUUCUACACCAUCGUGUUCCUGAUGGCGUUUGAGCCAAGCGCCGACUUCAAGCAGCGGACCGAGACCUGGAUCCGAUCGCGGGCGCGCCACUUCCAGGACCACAAGCAGCCCGUGCUCGAGGCCGUCAUGCCCCGCCUGUUGUCCCUCCUCGCCCACCAUCCCGACUACAGCGCCGAGCUGGACGAGCUGGUCGACCACGCCCGGUACAUGCUUUUCUACGUCAGCCUGGUGGCAACCGAAUCCAACCUCGGCCUGAUCUACAAGUACGCAGAGCGAGUCAAGCAGACGCAGGACGCGCUGGAUGCGGGCAGCAACAACCACCAGGUGCUGAGCGACUUGGCACAAGCCGUCAUCCGGAAUUGGCAGGAGAAGAAGAACUGGGUGUUCAACGCCUAUCCGGGCAGGGUGGGGCUGCCCGUCGGCUUGUAUACGGCGCUCAAGUCCCACGACGAGGCGCAGGCCAUAGCCGAGAAGCAGCUCGUGCCCGAUGGCAUCGACGAGAAGCUCGACGAGCUUCUACGGGCCAUGGAUCGCAAGAAGAAGCGUAAAUCUGUAGACGACCGCGGCGAGUCCCACCAGCCCUCCAAGAAAGCCCGCGUCCAGUCCAAGGCAUCCGCAACACCCAAGGAAGCCAAGUCCGCCAAGAGCGCGGCACCGAAAAAGGCCGGUAGCACACCCAAACCAAAGAAGACCAAGGCGAAGAAACCCGAAACCGAGAGGGAGAUUUCAAACGCCGAGCGCCGGCGCAGCGGCCGAUCGAGGAAUGCGAACCGGUCGUACAUGGAGCGCGACUCGGAAGACGACGAUGAGGAGAUGCUUGAUGGGGUGGCUGAGUGGACGUAUGAGAACGGUGAUGGGUCUGGCUCGGGGAGCGAGGAUGAGGGCGAGAAUGACGGCGGGGAGGAUAAGCAGGAGGCGCGGUCUGGGACGGAGGACGAGGCUGAGGCUGAGGCUGGAGAGAAGAGCGAGCAAGAAGAAGAAGCGGCGGUGGUGCAGGAGAAGGCUGUCACUCCCAGUGAGAAGAAGAAAGCGAGCACGACAAAGGCGGCAUCAAAGUCCAAGGCGAAGGCCGCGCCAGCAAGGGAGGAGAAGGAGGAGGACGACAAGUCUGGCAGUGAGCUGUCUAAGCCGGAGGAAGGGGACAUCGAGAUGGAGGACGCAAAUACCAACAAGGGCGAGGAAGAGGAAGAACAAAACGAGGAGAAGGCGGAUGAGGAUGAGGACGAGAAUCAGGAGGACGAGGAAGAGUCGGAGGCUUCGCCACCGCCUCCGCCGUCUCGCAACACACGGAAGGCGAAAGCUAGUGCGUCCGCCGCCCCGGCACGGAAGGCAAAGCGUGCUGCUGCCAAGAGCAAGGCUGCACCCAAGGCGAAGCCCGCUACAGCCAAGGGUGCCGAGAAAGCUGCCGAGAAAGCUGCACCGCCGGCAAAGGCGGGUGGGAGAGCUACCAGGGGGAGGAAGUGAGCAUGGAAAAUCAGGCUGGAGAUUGCUUGCUUUUCUGAGUCGUGGAUACGGGACGCACCAAGGAUGCACGGCACUCAUGUGGUAGUGGAGAAUGCUUUUGAGCGCUGAGGACGCAAGUUGUUGAAGCCGGGGUGAUGUGGAACGAUGGGCCCGUACUUCGAAUGAUGACGAGGUGUUCUAUGCUCCAGCACUUCGCCACGGGGGUUAUGGCAGUCCCUUCUGAUCUUCGUCAUGGCUGAUGAGCGUGGCUGUCGUUGUUCAACUUAUGUGUAUUCAAAAUCUGUUCAUACCCGCCGCGAUAACCCCUCGUUCUCUGUCAUUUUUCUGGCGGAGCGAUGGGAAGAUUCCAGGGGUCCGUUGCUCUGCUACUGCUGCUGCUGCUGCUAUAGUUUGCUCUUUCCAUUGGUAGCCAGACUGGAUGAUGACAGCGUAUUGGCGAAAUACCAACUUAGUGCGUC